AUGGCAACUGCUCAGAAGCAAAGGAAUUCUGUGAGCGCAGUUGUAUUUCCCAAGAAAAUAGCCACGGAGCAGCAAUCCCUGAUGCUGGUGAAGAGGCUCCUGGCAGUGGCAGUGUCCUGCAUCACAUACCUGAGGGGAAUCUUUCCUGAAAGUGCCUAUGGAACCAGAUACAUGGAUGAUGUCUGUGUCAAAAUCCUGAGGGAAGACAAAAACUGUCCUGGCUCUACCCAGCUGGUGAAAUGGAUGUUAGGAUGCUAUGAUGCCUUGCAGAAGAAAUACCUGAGACAGAUUGUCCUAGCAGUCUACACCCAGCCAGAAGAUCCUCAGAUAGUCACAGAGUGUUACCACUUCAAGUUCAAGUACACCCACAAUGGGCCACUCCUGGAUUUUGGCAGCAAGGACAGGAAGUCAGACUCCACCAUCCCCUGUGCAGACACCAAGAAGGCCAGCAUCCUCCUCAUCCGCAAGAUCUUCAUCCUCAUGCAGAACCUGAGCCCUCUGCCCAACGAUGUCUGCCUCACCAUGAAACUCCUGUACUAUGAUGAGGUUACUCCCCCUGAUUACCAACCUCCAGGGUUCAAGGAGGCCAAGGAUGAGGGGCUGAUGUUUAGGGAGGAGCCCAUGUACCUGAAUGUGGGGGAGGUGCCAACAUCUUUCCAUAUGCUGAAACUGAAAAUUACAACUGAGAAGCAGCGCAUGGAGAAUGUUGAUAGGGACAUCCUAAGGCAGGAGGAGACUGCUGAGCCUCUCCAGGUGGGUGGAGUGAGCAGAGAUGAGCCAGGACAUGAAUGUAAGAGCACAGACGAGGAUCCUGUCUUGGAUAAUGAAGUGGAAGAUAAGAAUUAUGUGAAUAUUUCAGAAGCUCAAGAAAAGAAUUCAGCUCAUGAAGAGGAAGCUGGAGGGAUCCAGACUCCCCUGCAUGAUUCUAAUCCUCAGGUUGAUCAUUUGACCCGUAAAACAUCUGAGCUGAUUGUGUCAGAGAGCAGGACAAGAAGUGGAAAGAUAUUCCAAAGCUGCAUUGUGCACCAGGCUGAGCUCUGCUCCAGCCAGGAAGUGCUGCCCAAAAGGAGGAAGCUCAGCGAGCCCAAGGAGCAGUUUUAG